CAAUCAUAUGAUCCUCAUGCCUCAUCCGUCAUAGUGAAGUCAUGAAGUGAUUCAAGAUUUAGAAUUAGUAAUAUUGCAAUCGACCAUCUGGAGGUUUAUCUGUGUUUUUGGACAUCAGAUUUCAUGAAUUGGAGCUCGCAUUUUAUUUUGAAAACGCAAGUGAAAAUUUGAAUCUUUUAGAAUGAGGGAAUAUAUGGUAGGAACAAGAGUUGAAUGUGAUGGAUUCAGAGGAACUGUUCUUUUUGUUGGAGAAGUUCCUCCAACAAAAGGAAAUUGGCUUGGUGUUGAGUGGGAUGACCCUUCAAGAGGAAAACACAGUGGUUCACAUGAAGGAAUUCAGCACUUCGUGACCAAAAAAAUUAAUGCAGGUUCAUUUGUUCGAGUUAAUAAAAUCAAACCUAGUCUGGAGUUCAGUCAAGCUCUUUCGGAAAGAUACCUUGAGAGUUCCAAAGAUGACUAUGCAGACAAGUUACUCAUAAGUGAGCUGAAAGAUGAGAUGAAUGCACCAUUCCUGGAACUUGUGGGAUUUGAAAAAGUUGGCAAAAAACAAAGUAACCUGCAGGAGUUAAGGAUUGCUGUCCUGGAUCAUAUGUGUAUAAGCCAUACUGAGCAUAAUUUGAAAGAGAUUUGUCAUAACAUUGAAGAAUUAGACCUGUCUUCAAAUCUAUUUAACUCAUGGGAAGGUGUUGCAGCAGUUUCAAAUCAGUUAGCAAGAUUGACAGUUUUAAAUAUCAGUGAUAAUAAGCUGGUAAUUCCUGAGAAUCCCGGUACACUCAAAUCAGCUUUAAAAAACCUGAUACAGUUGCAAAUGAGCCACAUGGAUUACACAUGGAAGAACAUUGUUCAGUGUUCUGUAAUGUGGCCCAUGGUCGAGGUUUUAGCGGUUCCUAACAACAAUAUUACGUGUCUUGAAUUUAUGAAUAAUGACACUUUUAAUCAUCUAAGAGUGUUAAAUCUUGAAGGAAAUCAAAUUGAACAUUGGGAAGAAGUCAAUAAGCUGGGACAGUUGCCCAGCUUAGAGCAACUAUCCCUCUAUGGAUGUGGUUUGAAAAACAUCCAGGUGAAAGAAAAAUCUUUUUCUAAACUCUCCAAACUUUCCCUAUCCAACAACAAAAUUUCGCAGUGGCAACAUAUUUCGGAAUUGGACAAACUACUCAUGUUAGUCGAUCUGAAAAUGUGUGGUAAUCAGGGUCUUGAAGUCCCCAGCAAUGAAACGUUUACUCAGUGGAUUAUCGCAAGAGUUGGCCAUCUGCAGAUUCUCAACGGUUCUGAAAUUUUAAGCGUGGAUCGACGUGGCGCAGAACUAGAUUACCUUAAGUACAACGGGAGAGAAUAUUUGACUGCCUUGUCCCAGCUGCGCUCAUCAACUGAACAACAAAGCAGGGGGGAUUUUUAUUCCAUUCAUCCUCGCUAUAAAUUCCUGGUGCAAAAAUAUGGGCCACCAGAGCCAGGCGAAUUUGAAAUGAAACCAACCACUCUGAAGAAUAAUUUGAUUAUGCUUCAGCUACAGCGGGGCACCAAAAGGAUUUCAAAGAAACUUCCUUUGACUAUGGAAGUUCAGAAACUGAAAGUUUUAAUCCACAGAUUAUUUGAACUUGAUAGUUCUGAAUUAAAUUUUUUUUCCUACAGCCCAAAGAAUCCUGGUCUAUAUAUUCCUCUUGAUAACGACCUUCGACCUCUUUCAUUUUAUUCCGUUGAAGACGGUGAUAUAAUUGAAGUGAAAAAUUCCAGUGACGGCACAACAAGUCAACAAAACAGCAUGGGAAUGGCGCCCGACGCGUCGCUAUCAGACGAUGAGAAAAAGUUAUUCCCAUUAAAAACCGUUGCAAACGUUAUAACUUUAUUCGAAAGUAUUCUUAAAAGAACAACCGAGCCAGAUUUAGCUUUGUUGUCCAUCAUAGUUGGCUGCAUUGAAAAUACUCUCACAUGUAAUCACCAAAUUCUUGGUGGCGCCAAGUCAACUGUAUUACCAACUGCGAUUGACGAAACCAGUGAAAAGCUUAUUACGAUAGCACCGAUCAGAAGAGAAGAUGAUUUUCCAGAAAUUGAGUGGUCAACAGUGGAAGCUCUUUAUGUCAAAUUCAGAGCAGUUAUCAAAAGCUCAGUAGAUUUGACUCAUUAUGGCUGUCCACAGUUUGCAACACGAGAACUUAUAAAAAGAGUUUCUGAUGUCAUCUGGAACACAUUAACUAGAAGUUAUUACAAAGAUCGGGCACAUUUGCAGAGUUUGUAUAGCUAUUUAACAGGAAACAAAUUGGAUUGCUUUGGAGUAGCCCUAGCUGUGGUUGCUGGUUGCCAGGUGCUUGGCUACCAUGACGUACAUUUAGCAUUGUCUGAAGACCAUGCCUGGGUGAUGUUUGGACCAGAUGGCAAGGAAACAGCAGAAGUGACAUGGCAUGGUAAAGGUAAUGAAGACAAAAGAGGUCAACCUGUAGACCCUGGAAUACAAGCAAGAUCUUGGUUGUAUGUAUCAGGCAAUCCUGUCAUUUGUUCUAGAUUUACAGAGGUUGCCUCACUUGUUUCGUCAAUCAAUCCCAGUAUUACUGCUACCACAGACAGUCUAGAAGUUGCUUCAUUACAACAAUCCUUGUUGUGGGUGUUGUAUGAUACAGGUCAUCUUACUCGUUAUCCCAUGGCCCUUGGAAACCUGGCCGACUUAGAAGAGUUGAGCCCCACGCCUGGACGAUGUCCUUGUGGUCAACUUUUCAGUCAAGCUAUUGAAGUGGCGAGGCGCUGUUAUGGUAAUAGUCACGUCUACCCCUACACCUACCAAGGUGGUUAUUUCUAUCGAAAUCGAAUGUACAAAGAAGCGCUAGAAAGCUGGGCUAACGCGGCGGACGCCAUACGAAGUUAUAACUAUUCACGAGAAGACGAAGAAAUCUAUAAGGAAUUCCUCGAGAUCGCCAAUGAGUUAAUUCCUUUCGUAAUGAAGGUGGAAGGCUCAGGUCACAGCGCCCGCUCAAUUUUAAAAGAUUCAGAGUGUUUCGCUCACUUACUUCGUUUUUACGACGGUAUAUGUCAGUGGGAAGAAGGAAGUUGCACACCUGUGCUUCAUAUAGGAUGGGCCAAACCUUUAGUCAACACUAUCUCCAAGUUCGAUUCCCAAGUUCGUCGACACGUUGUCAUUUCAUGUUCCGAGAUGACAGAAGGAGACACGCCAUCCAUGAAACCGCCAGUGGGCAAGGCCGAGUUCCAACGAGAAGAUCUCGAUGCCAACGCCAACCAAGUUGUCCUCCCCUGGCCGCUAGCGAAGGAGCAGGAAGAGAAGGAAGAGCGACUAGUUGAUAGUGAAGUUUGUGGCAAGGCCGCCGAGCAAAAGGCGCGGUUAGGGUCAACGGCGUUGGCCGCCCUCACUGAUCUCUGUGGUCGAACAGUUCUGAGCCCUGCCUUCUUCCUUGGUUCGGAUAUAAAAACCGGAUCAGACUCGCAAGCGUUUCAUACUUUGACUAUUUCAGGGACUGCUGCCUCAACCGACAGCCCGGUGAAAAUGAUGAAUAAACCAAAAUUGUACCUACGCAGCCAUAAAAUGGCCGGUCUCAAAGAUCUACUGCUCUCGGAGAAACUCAACACGCACGCCAUUUCGCUUCAGUUAACGGCUCAAAGCCAAGUUCAGCUUGGCGGUCGCAAACUGCGCGGAGAAGAAGCCAAAGAUGCCAAACAGGAAGGACGGGAAGUCAAUCUUUCACGACCGAAGAGAACCAGAAAGGAGUAGUAACGAAACGUACAGCCAUAGAUGGGUGAAAAUUUUUAACUUUUUUUAUACGGUGUGAUUUUAAAUAUUACCAAAAGAUAGAUAUUCCAUACGUGGAUCGAGUAUCUGUGCGGUUUUAACCGGUUGCGGACACCUUUGCCUUAUAUUCGUGUUUUCAUCAAAUUGAACUAUACGAUUGUUUUUCUCUUUUUUUAUUGCCACAUGUAUGUUUGUCAAAUAAUUGCGUUUCCUAGCUGCCUACCCUUCCCCAGUGAUGGAAGAAGUUGAUCUGUGUUGAGAUUUUGUUCAGAAUGAAGAAAAUCCAACUGAUAAAAUGUGUAUGGGAGAAAGAUGGUGUAUGGGAUGACAAAUUAACGUCUUGGACUCAAAUCUAAUGAUGAAAAAAGGAUACAAUGGGUUGAGUGGCGUCUUUCCUUUUCUAAUUGUUGCUUUGAGUUGAUUACUACGUGUUGCUAAAUCAUACAUUCCACGGUGAUGGCAAAGAAAUGAGUGAAAUUAUGUACCUGUAUUCCUUACUCUACUCUGAUAUUUUGUAUGUCUGGAUAGUUCAUUGAGGAAUGAGAGGAUAUCAAUCCCUAUAUAUCUUUUAAAAUGUGUAUCCAUGUUGGCGGGGUGAAUAAAAAUGUAUAUACCAUCAA